AUGGUAACAGAGACAAAACUCUACGAUGCCCUCUCCAUCUCCCCUUCGGCGUCCCAGGAUGAAAUCAAGAAAGCAUAUCGAAAAGCAGCCCUGAAAUGGCAUCCCGAUAAGAACAAAGACAACCCCAAUGCCGCUGAGAAGUUCAAAGAGGUCUCUCAAGCAUAUGAGAUCCUGUCGGACCCGGAGAAGAGAAAGGUGUACGAUCAAUAUGGCUUGGAGUUCCUUCUGAGAGGUGGCCAGGCUCCUCCACCGGGCGCUGAGAUGCCUGAUGGUAUGCCUGGCGGUGGUUUCGGUGGCAUGCCAGGAGGUUUUAGUUUUGGAGGCAUGCCUGGUGGUGGUGGAGGCGGUACACGGACGUUCCAUUUCUCCACUGGCGGUGGUCCUGGAGGCUUCAGCUUCUCGGAUCCUAACGACAUAUUCGCACAGUUUGCCCGAAGCGGUGCUGGCGGACCUGGCGGCGCCGGUGGUGCCGGUGGUGGUGACGACGCCGACGAUAUUUUCAACUUGUUCAGUAAUCUAGGCGGAGGUGCUAGAGGGGCCGGGAGUCGACGAGGCACAGGCAACUUUACCCGCCAACAUGCCAGACCACAGACUCCCGAAGUCACUGUCAUUGAGCGGCCCCUGCCAGUUACCCUGGAGGAGCUCUAUAAGGGGGCGCACAAGAAGAUGAAGAUCAAGAGAAAGACAUUUAACCCCCAGGGACAACGGGUGACUGAAGAUAAGAUCUUGGAGAUGGACAUCAAGCCAGGUCUAAAGGCCGGCUCUAAAAUCAAAUUCUCCGGGGUCGGAGAUCAGGAAGAGGGCGGCACGCAGGACAUGCAUUUUAUCGUCGCCGAAAAGCCUCACGCGACUCUUACCCGCGAUGGCGACAAUCUGGUAACAACGAUCGAGCUGGACUUGAAAGAGGCGCUCACAGGCUGGAAGCGGACUGUCACCACGAUCGAUGGAAAGCAACUGAAUGUUUCGGGCGCGGGUCCAACUCAACCUGGCUAUGAAGAGAGAUUUCCAAACCUGGGCAUGCCGAUCAGCAAGAAACCUGGCGAGAGAGGCGACUUCAUUGUCAGAGUCAAGGUCAACUUCCCCAGGUCGUUAACUGCUGCCCAGAAAGCCAAAAUCAAGGAGGCCCUUCCAUAA